UGAGCCUCAGAAGUGACAAGGUGCUGACAUUCCCGUUUCACACAGCCAAUGUCUCACGAAAAAAGCCAAGCUCCUUUCUCUCAAGGCAGAGCUCAGAUGGCGGUGCAGGUCAAGGUUCUGCCUUCUCCCCGGUGUCUGUUUGAUGACCCCAUCCAGAUCUGUGUGACAGGUCUUCUGCCGCAGCAGGCGGUCACCCUCAGAGCCUGCCUGGCUGAUGAGAGCGGGGAGCUCUUCCAAGCCCAUGCUCGCUACAGGGCCGGGAGCAGUGGAGAGCUGGACCUGACUUGCUCCCCGGCUCUGGGGGGCAGCUAUUCUGGAGUGGAGCCGAUGGGGCUACUGUGGUCUCUGCAGUCUGAAACACCCUAUAAACGGCUGGCAAAGAGGAAUGUCCUGACCCCUUUCUGUGUGGACUUGGAAGUGUAUGACGGCCAUGGGCACACGAGCCGGUUGCUAGGUAAAUGCACCAAUGAGCGAAGGUUUUUAGGAGAGGGGGUGAAGAGGAUUUCAGUCAGAGAAGGUCGGCUUAGAGCAACUCUGUUCAUCCCUCCCGGAUCUGGUCCAUUCCCUGGACUUAUUGAUUUGUAUGGAUCUGGAGGAGGUCUUGUUGAAUACAGAGCAAGUCUUCUGGCUAGCAGAGGCUUUGUGACACUGGCUCUGGCUUACAUGGCCUUUGAAGAUCUGCCUGCUAUGCCAGAGAUUCUUGAACUGGGUUAUUUUGAGGAAGCUGUAAAUUUUUUGCGGAAGCAACAGCAGGUGAAAGAUACUGGGAUUGGCGUUUUGGGCUUGUCUAAAGGAGCUGAUCUAGCCCUUUCCAUGGCCACGUUUCUACCUGGCAUCAAGGCUUCUGUCAGCAUUUCUGGAAGUGGUUUUAAUUCUUUCAUUCCUCUGCGGGGUGAUGGCUUCACUGUUCGUCCCCACCCAUAUGAUUUGGGAAGGAUGAAGUGCAAUGAGGAGUCUGGCGUAGCAGAUUUUACAGAUGUUCUAGAUGAUCACAGGGACCCAGCGACUUGGGAUUGUCGUAUUCCCAUGGAGAGGUCCUUGGCUAAGUUCCUCUUCCUGUCAGGGCUGGAUGACAGAAACUGGAAAAGUGACCUCUAUUGCCAGGAUGCUGUACAGCACCUUCAACAGUACGGACAGAAAGUGGAGUUUUACUCUUAUUCUGGAGCAGGGCACCUCUUGGAGCCACCAUACUUUCCUCUGUGCCAGGCUUCAUUGCACAGAGUGCUUGGGGUAUUUGUGCAAUGGGGAGGGCAAUGGAGAGAGCAUGCCAGAGCCCAAGAGGAUGCUUGGCACAGGAUACAGGCCUUUUUCUGGCAACAUCUGAUGGACUCAGACCUUCCCAAGAGCAAUCUGUAGUGGAAGAGCUGUCAAAGAUGCUGACAAGAUUAGUAUCUCACUAUAUUAGAGUCUGAGUCCUGGAAACACACUGAAAAUUUUCUAGCUUACCUUCUUUUACACCCCAUUGUAGCAUAGUUGUUUAUUUUCAUUCCCCACAUGCUUUCCCACUUUUUAUUUGAAUUUUAGGUGUCUUCUGCCCCUAACUGUGUUGUGGAUUGGCACCAUCUGAUCUCUCUGAGUGCCAUAGUUAUCUGAAAAAAACUCAAAUUCCUGUCAUGCAAAUUGAGUUGGUGCUGAGCUGUCUUUGCCCUCUGUGUCCAAUCCUCUCCUUUAGUAGCAAGAAAUAUUCUUAUAGGAGGAGUUUUACAUUGGAUUGGCCAGAAUUACACUUUUGGUUAAGCUAGAUGUGAAUAGUCAGUAUGUUAGUACAUUAUCUCACCUUUUCUUACAUCCCUGGCUGACAGCGAUGCUGCAGUUCUGAUCUCAACUGAGUAAAGAGGUACUCUUCUGACUUACUCUGAAGUGCAGUUAUAACAUGGGUUUUGUUGUAUCUCAAAAACGAGAAGGUUACAGUGAUUGUAUUUACUGCUGUCUCCAGGUAUGUUACAUUCCAGGCUGAAGUUCCCACUGCACUACUCAAUAAAUA